AUGAGCUCUGCUGGAGACGUAAAGCGCACUGCUGCGAGCGGAGAACAGAUCCGCCCGCCGGUGCAGGAGGGCNACGAUGAUUCACGGGUCCCCUCCUUGCUGUGGGAGCCGCUCUGUGAGCACUACCUCUUUCGUCCGUGUGAAGGACGGUCAUCUACCUCUCGUGAAGUUAAUACAUCACCGAAACAGUCUCACCCGAUAAAUAUGUGGCGUAAGCCGCAAACACUCUAGAGAGCCCCUCGAGGGAAGCCACAUUGGAAUGAGCUCUGCUGGAGACGUAAAGCGCACUGCUGCGAGCGGAGAACAGAUCCGCCCGCCGGUGCAGGAGGGCCGCGAUGCGGAGCUUGCAAGUUAGCAACUGCAGGUUUCGCGAUUGGCGGCCCUGGUGGAGGAGUCGAUAAAGAAGAAGGAGCCUGGCAGCGUCGUGGCGGAUGUAGCCAGUAGUGGCGGCUGGGUUGCCGCCACCGAAGGCCAACGAGUAGAGCCCAUGCAGCCGCUCGGCGGUGGCGAGGGAUUUCUCCAGCAGCAAGCGAGAGAUGGUGGGCAAGGACCACGGCAGCUGCUGGAAGGCGGCUGGGCCAGUAGAUCGGGAGCGAACCCUGUAUGACCAGCCGGAGUGGGCACGGGCAUAGGACCGGACUACGGGGAAGCGAGGGGGUUAAACCCCCCAGGUGAGAUACUCGUGAUCCGAGGAAAUGCAGAAUACCUCGACGGCUACAGCAGUAGCCACAUGAAGAGAGUAACAGUCAAUGCAUCGCGUAUCGAAGGGUAGAGUCGCGGCCAUGGGUAUGACUUGUGGAGAAAGUCGCUUAUCCAAGCGGCCAAGACUGCAGGACUGGACGGCCAAUUGAUCGGCAACAACGAGAGACAUGCACCUGUCGGCAACCCAACCGUGCCAAGCUCGGAGCUGUUCCGCCACCAAUACACCAGCGACGAGGUCC